GUCUAACACUUAAGCGGAUCCAGAAUUUUUAAUUUAUGAGUUUGAAUAAUAGUAGUAACUUUUUUUAGUUAUAUAGAUAUAAAUAUAGGAGUUUGAGUCAAAGUUACUGGUAACUCGAAUGGCCCUUUAAUUUUAAAUGCUCGUCAUGGCAUCCGUCAGGCCUUCUGAAUUCCUGUAUAUAAAUUUGUGAUGAGUAGAAGCAUUACAUGAAAAGACAGAAUAAGAAAUAGAAAGAAAAAAAAAUCCAGAGUGGAAUGCAAGCAGUGGCGAUGGCAGCUCAACCAGUGAUCAAGGUAGUUGGGCUCUGCGGUUCCCUCCGUGAAGCUUCCUGGAAUCGGGGUCUCCUCAAUGCCGCGAUGGAGAUAUGCAAGGAUUCUAUAAAAGGAAUAGAGUUUGAGUACGUGGACAUAUCGCAGUUGCCGUUUACGAACGAGGACCUUGAGGUGAAGGAAACUUAUCCCUCAGCUGUGGAGGCUUUUCGUAAAAAGAUUGAAGAAGCUGAUUGUUUCCUUUUUGCUUCUCCUGAGUACAAUUACUCCGUCACUGCACCCUUGAAAAAUGCAAUUGAUUGGGCAUCUCGACCUCCAAAUGUUUGGGCUGAUAAAGCAGCAGCAAUUGUGAGUGCUGGAGGUAACUUCGGUGGAGGACGAUCACAAUAUCACCUUCGACAGAUAGGAAUCUUCAUUGAUCUUCAUUUCAUUAACAAGCCUGAACUUUACGUUUGGGGCUUCGAGUCACCACCAAAGUUUGACAGUGAUGGUGUGCUGAUAGAUGAAGAAACCAAGCAGAGACUCAAAGCUCUUCUUUUGGCUUUACAGGCAUUUUCCUUGAGACUGAUCAAAGGCAAGUCUGAGUAGCUUCUACUGGUAAAUGUGAUCCAUUUGUUCAUCCAAUAUGGGAUGGUGAAAAUUGUAUCCAGUCAAUAUAUCCAGCUCUCAGGAAAAAAGGGUUCUUGUACUUGUAGCCUUGAAGCAUCUUUUCAGUUGAUUUGUUAAGUUAGCAGGAUUGAAAGUGUGUAAAAGUUUCAUGUAGUUUGAUUGAAUAAUUGCUGGAUAAGUAAAAUCUCUACCUAAAUUAGUACUAGUUGUAUUAAGUUACUCUGGCUUAAUGUUCACUCUCGAAUUUACUUUCC